ACGUAAUAGGAAUCGCUCUUCAAUUUUUGCAAUGGUACUCUAGGGGAGUGAAAGGCAGUCUAAAGCGAACACUAGCGGGUUACGUUUGAAGGAAGCAUCGCGCAUAAAUCUAUCCUUAUCUUCGUUAGGCAAUGUAAUCAGCGCCCUGGUUGACUCUAAAGCAACGCACAUACCUUACAGAAAUUCGAAACUGACUCGUCUCCUUCAGGAUUCAUUAGGAGGAAAUUCAAAAACUGUUAUGUGCGCAAAUAUUGGUCCGGCAGAUUACAAUUAUGACGAAACAAUUUCUACCUUACGCUACGCUAACCAUGCUAAAAACAUCAAGAAUGUAGCUCGUAUUAAUGAAGAUCCAAAGGAUGCAUUGUUAAGGAAAUUCCAGCUAGAAAUAGAACAUCUGCGAAAACUGCUGGAUAACGAUGAUUCAAGUGGCAGUGGUGAAGAAGAAGGGGGUAGUGAAGAGAAUGAUAUUUCUGAUGAGCCGAAAAGACGAAAAUCACGUUUAGAUGAGCGGAUUGAAACUUUAGAAAAGAACAUAGAGUCAAAGAAGAAAGAGUUGACUAAGGAAAGGGGACUUGCAGAGGAGGAGCGAGCAGCACUUUCGAAGGAAUUGGCUGCUAAAGAGGCGGAACUUUCUCAUGCAAGAAAUGAACAUGAGCAAUUGAGAAACAAAUUGAAACAAAUCGAAAGGAAACUAAUUAUUGGUGGAGAAAAUAUGCUUGAGAAGACUGAAAAGCAGGCACGUUUAUUAGAAGAAAGUAAUGCAGAGCUAGAACGAGGACGUUUGAAUGAGACGCACCUUAGACAGGCACUAGCAGAAAAGAAUCAAGAAAGGAUCGAUUUGGAAGAACAGUAUAGCUCACUUACUGAAGAGGCAAAUGGGAAAACCAAAAAGGUUAAAAAAGUUUGGAAUUUAUUGAAUGCUACUAAACGCGAGUUGGCGGAUAUGCAGAGCGAACAUCAAAGGGAAAUGGAAGGAUUAUUGGAUAGCGUGAGGCAAUUAAGAUCAGAGUUACUAUUGCAGUUACUGAUCAUAGAGAAUUAUGUUCCACCCGAAUAUUUGGAAAUGAUUGAAAGAUUUGUUUGGUGGAAUGAGGAAUUAGGAGAAUGGCAGCUGAAAUGUAUCGCUUACACAGGAAACAAUAUGCGGGCACGUCAUCCGUUACCUUCACCACGCUACAAGCCUGAUAAUGCUCAUGGACGAAACCUUUUUUUAUCUUACGCGGAUGAGUUGGGAUCUUCUGUGACUGUUGACCCGAAGGGUUUGAAAGCAAGGCCCAAAUCUAGGAGGAGGUAUACUUAA